GGCGCUUCUUGGCCCGGCCAGUCGGGGAGCGCGUUGCUGGCCGGUGCCGGCGACGUCGCGCUCUGAGGGGAGUUCGGCGGCGGCCCGGCAUGGGCGGCCCGCGCUCCUCUCCCGCGUCUCUCCGCUGAGCAUCUGCCCCCGGCCAUGGCUGGCCCCUCUCGGGACCUGCUGGGCACCGACGUCUUCGACGAGGCCGUGCGGAGCACCUGCGAUGUCGCCUCCCAUUGCAAGCGAUAUGCUAUAAGUGUUGGCUACUGGAAAGAUCCUUACAUUGAAUAUUUUGUAAGCCAUCCAAAAGAAAGGAAGGCACCUGAAAUCAGCCGUGGGUAUUAUGCACGGGUCCAGGGAGUUGGUCGUUUACUUAAGGCUUUCUUAGAAAAGACAAAAUGCAAUUGCCAAAUUAUAAAUCUUGGUGCUGGCAUGGAUACUCUGUUUUGGAAAUUAAAGGAUGAGAAUCUUCUUCCUAUGAAAUACUUUGAAAUUGAUUUUCCAUCUAUAGUCUCAAGGAAAAUUCACUACAUCAAGUCGAAACCUCCUCUGUCAAAACCAAUCAUGGAAAGCCAUUCAGGGGAGACCCUUCUCAUAGAUGCACACGGUCUAGAUUCCAGCCGAUAUGCGAUUAUUGGAGGGGAUCUUCGGGACCUGCCAAGACUAGAGGAAAAACUGAAGAAAUGCCACAUGGAUCCAGACUUGCCAACCCUCCUGAUGACGGAAUGUGUGCUGAUCUACAUGACCACAGAGCAUUCGACCUGCCUCAUCAAGUGGGUGGGAGGCAUGUUCCGAUCUGCCAUGUUUAUCAACUAUGAGCAGGUGAAUAUGGCUGACCGCUUUGGACAGAUCAUGAUUGAGAACUUGCAGAGCAAGCAGUGCGAGUUGGUUGGUGCAGAUGCCUGCAGAUCUCUGGAUACCCAGAAGGAACGAUUCCUGAUACAUGGCUGGGAAACGGUAAAUGCCCUCGAUAUGCUGAAGGUCUAUCAGAGUUUGCCACCGGAUGAUAUCAAAAGGAUAGAGGCACUUGAGUUCCUGGACGAGAAGGAGCCAUUUGAGCAGCUCAUGCAACAUUACUGCCUGUGCUGGGCUAUCAAGGAUUCCCAGAACUUAGGCCUUGCAGACGUUACUCUGUGAUGCAUUCGCUCCAGUGGAGCUCCAGGUGAAUCUGCUGCCCCCUCCUGGCGGGCCUCUGCAUGCAUCUGCUGCCCCAACCUGCUCCCUUGAAGGUGCCUGCAGGUGAACUGAGCAUUGCGCCUCAGCAAGCGCCCUCCCCUCUCUCCCCCAUGGCAACCUUUUGAAUAAAUCACUCUUUUUGUGAGCAGCCGAAAAACAAGCGAGUCUCUUUCCCUUUUGUAGGGAUUUUUUAGAAAAAUAUUAUGAAUAGAAAAGGAUUCCAGUUUCUCCUAGAGGUGCAAGUGAUGUUCUUGCCUCUUUGUCCCACUGGGUGCCUCUGAACUGGGCAGAGGAUUUAAACUGGGGCAGGGAAGAGGGAUCCUGUUUGCUGUCAGGAAUCCUUAGAGGGCCUUCUUCCUCAUGGCAUCUUGGAUUUCUUUUAUUUUGUGAAAUGUUGUUCCUGGUGCAUUUCCACCCUCUUCUGCCGUGAGUUUCUUGGUAUCUUCCGUGGGAAUUUGCUUUUCCCCCCCCCCAAAAGAGAGCUUUUGGCUUCAGUCCGGGAAGAUCUCACUCUUGUUGAGGCGGAAAAUUCUGCUGGCACUGAGCUGCAGCUUCUCGUGGCUGUAUUGAGAUGUGCUCCUGACCCUGCAAGGGUUAAUAAAUG